AGUUGAUUGAAUUUCUGCUACCUAGGUCUACGUCUGCUCAAACCUGUCACUGCCGUUUCUGUUGUUACUGUUGUCGCUGCUGCUGUUGUCCUUGCCAAUUACACUCAGUUCGAUCAUGAAUCAUUUCCGGGCUACUCGACGAACCUCGGUACAUUCCGGAACCGCUACUUGGAUCGGAAAAGGCAUAUCUCUCGUCGAGAGACACUGGAAACUGCUUGCAACAGUCUACUCGGUGAUUGUCUUGGGUGUCAUUGUCUCAUGUGGGAUAACCAUUGCCAUCGAGAGGCCUUCCGACUUGGUAAAGUGGUCUUGGGGAGGAUUUGACGAGCGUCCAACGACCGCCAAGUGUUAUCGACAGGAACGAACGGCAACGCUUCUUGCUUUUUUUCUAGGAUCCUUCGGUAUCGAUCAGUUCUACGCCCACCACUGGCCUCUAGCUGUGUUCAAGCUGUUAACUCUCGGUGCCGGUGGGAUUUGGUGGUUUGUCGACAUUGUUCUCUGGACGGUAGGUGGCGUGUAUGGCACGCCUGGGUGUCCGGGCGGGAGCGAGCAUUCCUGGCAGUACUAGUGGGCGGCUAGUUCGAUAGGUUUCUAUGUCGCUGGUAUGUAUCUGGAAGCCACGUAUAUAGAAAAAGUGUUUGGCCAGCUGAGUCGGUAGUGACCAGUUAUGCUAUACUGUACAGUAAAGAUUAAAAUCGAAUGUCCCUCCUUGACAGUCAUUGGUUUAUACCGUAUAGACGUUUUGGACUGUGUUUUAUUGCUUCCAA